AUGACGACACGACGAAAAGUGAAUCGAGGAAGCCUUGCUUUGCCUUCAUCAUUGUCCUCUUCUUCUUCAACGGAACCGUCGGCCUCAUCAUCAACAGCUCAUGAGGUUCCUCAAUCUUUGGAAACAGUGUCUGGAUCAUGUUUGAUUGCUUCGGAACAAAAUCCUGAAGAAGAACCAAAAUUGAUGAUUAAACUUCCGUUGAAUCAAGAGUCUUCGGCUUUAAUGCAGAGUAGGGAAACAACAAACUCUGAAAAGAAAAAACAUCAUCGAUUUGUAACACCAGGCGCAUAUUUAAGUAAUUCUAGUAAUUCAGCAGCAACAAAUGAAAAAGAAGAACAGAUUAUUGUAACUCUUAAAAUGGACAACAAACCUUCUUCAUCGGAGAACAAUGAUAGCGGCAAUAGUAAUGGCAUUACGAAUGAAAGCAACAAGAUGGAUGAAUCUAGCGAUAAUAUUGUGCCACAAAGUGGCAACAAUGAUAGUUUAAAGGCAAUAAUACCAACCAAACAUUUUUCACUUGUGUCUUCCGAAGUCACACAAGUAACUCACGAAGAAGCAGCAACUGCCGAAGAGAUUUCAAAGCCAGCCACACAAGAGCAACAGACACAGGAAAAUGAUAAUAACCAUAAUGGGAUGGGAUCAAGCAGUACUGGGACUUCUAUAGAGGAAUCACCCACAAUUUCGAGUAGUACCAGCAACGUUAUCAGUAGUGACUCUGCUAACAGCUCAAACGUUGAGCUCAAAGAACAAACAAAACCUCGAUUGAGGCGUUUUAAGUUCAAGUGUCGAAAUACCUCCCAAACAGAGUCUUCCACCAAAGAUGAAAAGACAUCACCUUUGCCAAGCAAUGAGAAAAAGACCACCGAAGAAGAAGAGCAAAUCACCACCACGUCAUCGAGCGAGUCAACCAAUACAACAGAGAAAACAAAAAAAUACACUGAAAACAAAUCAUCUCCUUCCAGUCGCGAGGAGGAAGAGACAUCAAAAACAUCAAGACGAUCAAGAAAAACCCGUAUAACAGAAAUGCCUCCCCCUGAUACGUCACAACAAUCAAAAGAAAGCAAGAAGGAAACUUCUUCGGAAUCAAUGGAUAAAUCAGCAUCUGCUUCAUCAUCAAAAAAAACGAAACAAUCUGUUGCUAAACCUAACGAAGACAAAAACGGAGAUGACAAUGACAAGCCACAACUCAUCAAGCAAAUAUUGGCAAGACACAGCAGUCAGAAAAUUUCUGCCAAUGACAGCAAAAUUUCAUCCACAGAUAAUUCUUCGUUACAACAGAUGGACCUUUCCGAUGACCACGAAGAAAAAAAGGACAAACCUAAAUCAUCGAAAUUCAUAGAAUCAACAUCAAUCCCUAAGAAACCCAAAUCAACAAGUAUAUCAUCAGAAUCAGAAGUCAAAAAAACAUCAAUUACUUCAACAAAACGAGAGUCUGUCAUGUUGUCUUCAAUACCAACAAAAACAACCACAGAACCUCCUUCAUCGUCUCUGAAAUCUGAAGAAAAGAAACGAAAAGUUGACUCUCUUAUUUCCACGAGUAGUGCUGUUGAACCUGGAACAAAAAAGACCAAGCUUAAUGAAUCACAACAAAGCACUGAGAUAUCUAGUAUCCCUAAAAAAUCGGAUAAUAUGACAACCGUACAAAAAGAAGACCAUGUUCGAAAAGACGAAAAAUCCUCAUCAAUUUCCACAACCACCUUUCACGAAGAUAAACCAAAUUCAUCCACACAAAAAGAGGAAACUCCCCUCAUAACCUCUAGCUCGCAAGAAAAGCCAACCUCCUCAUCUUCAUCUGUAAAACUUACCAGUGAUGAUAUUGCCAAAAUUCCAAAGAAAAAGAAAGAUGACAGUCAUGUAUCAUCAUCAUCCAGUGCUCCACUUAGAAAUGAGAAAGGAGAUCAACGAGGAGGCUCAAGGGACUACUAUCACAACAAUGACCGAGCAUUUUCCUCAUCGAGAGACUACCAUAGUCGUGAGAAUGGAAGUAGCAGCAACACCUAUCGUGACCACAAAGAUUACAACUCGUGGGAUGAAGUGUCUGUGGAACAGCACAAACAAAACCACAGAGAAAAACGAGAACGGUUGCUGAGGCCGGCUCGAAUUCGAAUUGAGAAUGAGGAUUUUUUCUUUAACACACUUAAGGAAUUUGCUUUGUCACAAUACGGAUCGAAUAAUCCACAACCUGUCACUUCAUUUGCUGUGAAUAACUCGAAAACCAAAGUCUCAUCAUCUUCGUCCGUAUCCUCAAGCACUGUCCCUUCCUAUCCUCCUCUCCAAAAACAAAUUUACGCAAUUGUGUCUGUAAAAGUUUCAUCCAUGCUUGCUUCUAAGCCAUCCAUGACAGAAAGUCAGAAACUUGAAAUUUGUAAAAAACUGGUGGAUAAGAUAUCCCCUAGAGAAACUCUUGAAACAGUCGGGUUGGAAAGUCACAAGCAAAAAAUUGAAGACUUUGUAGCUCAAUAUAUUCAAGGAAAGUACCUGAAAUAA